AUGGUCCCCUUAGAUCUGCUGAAACCGUGUCUCGUCUCGUAUGGACGAACGCCUUGUACGGCUGGAUGUAAGACUCAAAUUGACCCAAACUCAUGUUUUCGACCUCAGGAUCACGGUGCUAACCACCAGCGCAGCGCCAACCUCGCCAACUUCCAAGUCCUCUUUUACCUCCCCAUCUACUUUCAAUCCAUCCACGACCAAUCCGCCAUCGCAACCGGCGUCAAUAGUCUCCCCUUUAUGGCCUACCUCGCCGUCGGCUCCAUGCUAAGCGGGUUCCUCGUUAUAAGAACGCGUCUCUUGCAACCCUAUGAACUAGUCAGUGGUCUUCUCGCGACUGUCGGUGCAGCUCUACUGUAUACCAUGGCCAUCGACUCAUCCAAAGCACGCUAUAUUGGUCCCCAGGCUAUCUUUGGGCUUGGCGUUGGGCUGGGGAACCAGGUUCCUAUCACGGCGUUGCAGAGCUUCGCUAAGCCAGAGCAUAUUGCGCCGACAACGGGAGUUAUGCUCAUGUGCAACUCUAUAAGCGGCGCGUACUUAGUAACAGCCGCGCAAUCUCUCUUCGCCAACCGCAUGGUCUCAACUCUUGCAAGCAAAUACCCCACCAUCGAUCCAAUCCAGGUCCUUGCCACUGGCGCUUCUGAAAUCACCCGCGUUCUUUAG